CUAUAAAUAUAAAGUGAAUGAAUGGCAUUUUAGUUUUUGUAAUCCAAUCUCAACAAAACAGAAAUUCAGAUUAUCUCAAUAACUGAAAAUUUGUUUCAUAAUCCAAACCAAACCCUGCCCUGUAAAACCGGAUUUUCUUCCCAUUCUUGGGAUAUUUCAGCUCCACAAUUCAAGGAAUUCAGAUCAUAUAGGUUGAUACAAACCCAAAUCUUUGUCGAAUGGGAAUACUUUUUUCGUUCCCAUUUGCCGAAUGUGGUGGUUGUGAAAAUGCAAUUGAAUCUAUAACCGUCAAAUCUAUUACCUUUGGAGAGCAUGAAGUGAAAACUCCUGCUCGAUCCGUUAGUUUCCGUAGUCAGGAUUUGGAGCCCUUGAUAUUGAAAUCUUUAGGUUCCGGAAAAAUGAUGGUCGAAAAAUCUGUUAGUUUUAAAGGAGGAGAAUUAGAAAAUAGAAUGUUGAUGCAGAGAGAUCCUUUGUCAAAUAAAGAAAAGGAUGCUACAUCAGUUAGUGUUAGUCCAAGUGAAUUUCGAAGCUUAAUUAAAGAUGUAGAAAUGAUCGAAAAAUCGCAUAUUUUCGAUCCGUCAUACCCGAAACACGAAGCAGCAGUGAAAUUACAGAAAGUGUACAAAAGCUUUAGAACCAGAAGAAAGUUAGCGGAUUGUGCAGUUCUUGUUGAGCAGAGCUGGUGGAAACUCUUAGAUUUUGCCGAACUCAAACACAGUUCAAUAUCAUUCUUUGAUAUCGAAAAACACGAAACUGCUAUGUCACGUUGGUCGAGAGCAAGAACAAGAGCUGCCAAGGUUGGGAAAGGUUUAUCAAAGAACGACAAAGCUCGAAAACUUGCUUUACAACAUUGGCUUGAAGCAAUUGAUCCACGCCAUCGCUACGGACACAAUCUACACUUCUAUUAUUGCAGAUGGCUUCAUUCGAUGAGCAGAGAACCUUUCUUUUAUUGGCUAGAUAUAGGAGAAGGCAAAGAAAUAAACCUUGAAAAAUGCCCUCGGCCAAAACUUCAACAGCAGUGCAUCAAGUACCUUGGUCCGAUCGAAAGGAUGUGCUAUGAAGUUAUUGUGGAAGAUGGGAAAUUUAUUUACAAGCAGACGGGCGAGUUUGUGCAAACGACUACAGAUGCCAAGUGGAUCUUUGUUCUUAGUACAUCAAUGACUUUAUAUGUCGGCCAGAAAAAUAAAGGAAAAUUUCAGCAUUCUAGCUUCUUGGCUGGAGGAGUCACAAUAGCUGCUGGUAGAUUAAUCAUCGAAAGUGGCAUUCUUAAGGCGGUUUGGCCUCACAGCGGACAUUAUCGGCCUACAGAAGAAAAUUUCAAAGACUUCCUUUCAUUCCUCCGACAAAACAAUGUGGAUCUUACUAAUGUACAGACAACUCCAGUCGACGAGGAAGAUGGAUCUGAUAAGAUAAGAAGCAGCAGACAUUUGAGAAACCAUUCUUCCGAAGAGGACUUGAUGCAAACAAUGAAUGAUUUUGAGAUUGAAGAAAUUAAUGCUGAAAACUUAGCACAAGACGAGUCUGAUGAUGCGGUACUGAAAGCGCGAAAGCCGGGACGGCUUGAAAUUCCGAAAACAGAUGAAUUGCUUCAGACCAUAGAGAGUGAAAAUCAGACGGCUGGACUAAGUGGAAAUAAUGCGUCUGCAGAUAAAUAUGAUCAAGAUCAGGAAGAUAAUGAAGUCGAAAACAUUCCGGAAGAAGCAAUUCUUCAAAGGAUCAAUUCAAAGAAAGGAACAGAGACAUUUCAAUUAGGUAGGCAGUUGUCUUGUAAAUGGACGACAGGAGCAGGACCACGGAUCGGUUGCGUUAGAGACUAUCCGUCGCAGCUUCAGUUUCGAGCUUUGGAGCAAGUGAACUUGUCUCCAAGAAGGAUCUUUCAUUCGAGGAGCAUCGGAACAUUCAGCCAAAGUAUUUCGAGUGCGAUGGGGGAAACAAUUGCUUCACCACUACUUGAAAAGGGGAGUUUGAUGCAAAGAAGCCUUCCGCAUUCGAUAACGCAGGGCUGGAACGACAUUAAUGGCAGCAGUAGAUAAAGUGUGAAUUAGACAGAGAUCAGUUAGUUUCUAACUUUAUUUAAAUUCUUUCAUGUGAAUAGUAAAGAUGAUAUAGAGAUUCUUUGCCAUUCUUUCUUUUUACCUUGUCAAAUUCAUUUAUUCAUUUCUUUUCUGUUUUCAUUAUGAGAUGAAAUUUGUAAAAUCAUGGGGUGUUUAGACCCAUUUAUACGAAUCAAAUUCUUUUAUUUAAA